AUGCUUGACAAACUGCAGUUCUAUGCCAUUCUUUGGGUACCUUGUUGUAUGCUCGGCAUCCUGCAUUGGUAUAGGAGCCGGGCUGUUGCAAAGAGCCUACCGAAUGUAGCUGUUGAAGUAGACAAACCUUGGACAUACCCCGACCCAUCCCCAGACUUGACGUUUGAUAUCAAGAGCACGGAACCACCCAGGUUCAGGGCGUUUCGUUACUCUUAUCGUCGACACACUAUCGAUGUCAGGAAGCUGGAUGCUGACUCCUGGGUUAUGCUUGACAAGGACUGGCCUCGGUAUCACCAUGCCAAGGUUGCGCGAUUGGCAGACCGAGGCGACAAGGUGGUCAGGACGCUCCCCCAAGCGCGAGAGGCUGCUAUUGAACUUUGCCAGGAUCUCGGUGAAUUUCUCUCCAUGCGAUACCCCGGCGUCUAUGUGAUCGAGAGAUCUGAGAAAGACACUUCUGGCUGGCACGGGAAAGGGUCCAUUACAAAGAUUGCGAUGCCUGCCCUCGGAGCCUCAUAUGAUCUGACAAAGGAUGACCCUCUCACUGUCACUGGGCUCAUUCAGCCUACAGAUGUCAACAUUCUACUAAGGGGUGAAGAAGGUUACUAUCAACUCGUGGCAAUGAUGAUUGCAAUUGGAGGUGGCCAACGUAUCAAAGACAAGCUUGGCAGAAACCUAGCAGACCUCCAUAUCGAAGGUCACAUCCCACACUAUCAAGCACAGUUACAGCGACCGCUUGACCGGUUUCUGAGCAAACUCAAGGUCGAGUCACCUAUCCACCGAAAUACGACUGGAAUCAGUAUCCACGAUGAAUUCCACUGGCCAACAUUAACUAUGGGCCCCGAGGAUGACUGGGACCCCAAAAUGCGUGGACCAGGUGUUGGAACAGCCAGUUAUGGAAAAUGGGAACCCCCAAAGCCGAUUACUGAUGUGUCUCAGGUUUGGUUUCGUCAGGAGCGGCAGGUUCUGCGACGACUGCCCAAAUCAGGCGCGAUUGUUUGGAUGGUGCAUACCUACAUCGAGCCCAUGACCGAGGUGGCCCAGGAGCCCGGAGUCCCCGGCAGACUGGCCUCACUGAUUCGAAGUUGGGAUGACGUGCUGGCAGAGUAG